AUGUGGAUCCGUACGAUAUUCUGCGUGAUCAUUGUGCUCGCAGCAACGUGUGCCGUUAAUUGCGAGAAAUUACGUUCGCCAAUCCCCGUUGAAGAAGUCGACUUAAAUGCAACGCAGUAUAAUAUAGCAGCUACGGAUGAUAAAAAUUUCUGGGAAUGGCUGGCCAGUUUAAUAUCUGCUGGUGGAUCCAUAACAGUACCCGUGACAACAACUGAACUUCCGAGACCAGCGACUGAAUCGUGUUUACCUUGCAAAUGCGGUUUAACGAACACACAGAAACGGAUCGUAGGUGGUGUUGAGACCCAAGUUAAUCAAUAUCCAUGGAUGGCAUUAAUGAUGUUUAGAGGACGAUUCUAUUGUGGUGGAUCUGUUAUAAGUUCUCGUUAUGUAUUAACCGCUGCUCAUUGUGUCGACAGGUUCGAUCCGAAACUCAUGUUAAUUCGGAUAUUAGAGCACGAUCGCAAUUCUACCACAGAGACAGAGAUUCAAGAAUUCAAAGUCGAGAAAGUGAUCAAGCAUAGCGGCUAUUCGACGUACAACUAUAACAAUGACAUCGCGCUCGUCAAACUGAAGGACGCCAUUCGAUUCGAGGGAAAGAUGAGGCCUGUUUGCCUUCCAGAACGAGCUAAAACUUUUGCUGGAUUAAAUGGAACGGUAACUGGUUGGGGCGCAUUAGAAGAGGCUGGUUCGAUAUCGCAAACUCUGCAGGAAGUGACGGUUCCGAUUCUCACGAACGCCGAGUGUCGCGCGACUAAAUAUCCGGCGCGGAAGAUCACAGACAAUAUGCUGUGCGCUGGUUAUCAAGAGGGAAGCAAGGAUUCGUGUCAGGGAGACAGUGGUGGCCCUUUACAUGUUUUUAAUGACGACAGUUACCAAGUAGUUGGAGUGGUAUCCUGGGGCGAAGGAUGCGCGAAGCCUGGCUAUCCCGGUGUUUACAGCAGGGUGAAUCGUUACCUCUCAUGGAUAGCGAAUAACACCAAGGACGGGUGUUACUGUUAAUUUAAUCGAC